AUGGCACCCAAAAACGACGAUACAGUCCCAAGUGGCUACAAGUACUCCUGGUCACCGUCUAAUGAAUCCGAACAGCCGUUGGAGGAGUUCCUCAGAAAGUUCAGACCUUCAAUGGUGCAGGAUGAUGGGACGAAGCCAUGGAUCUGGGUCCACCGCGAAUCGCUGGCCAAGGAUGAGUCGACAAAUGAAGAAGCAGCCCUAUCCGAAGGGGGCGAAAUCCUGAAAGCCCUCACUGAAAAGGUGGAAAGCAUCAAGAACGACGACUCAAUUCCCGUACGCGGAAGUAAGAAGACCGGAGUCAAAAGCAAGAAGGAGGUUCGCGAAGCGGCACAAGCGGAGGCUACUCAAAAGUUGGAAGCCAUUUCCGUAAAACAUAAAUAUGUCAAUGGGAAAUGGCUGGUCUUCGCGCCACCAGACAAAGUUGACGCCAUCUGGUCUACAGUCGCUACCUCUCUUAUCUCUGGCCCUCUGUCGUCAACCUGCGCGUAUUCCGCGAAAGUCGCGACCUCACCGGAAACCGAAAGCCAACAUUACCAGCACAUCAUUUGCGUUUACAUUCCCGACGUAUAUGAUAAGCCAAAGGUUCUCGAGGUCAUGAAGGUUCUGCUACGAAAUCACGGUUUGAAUCUUAGCGGCGUCAAAUCCGACCUUUACACAAUGUUGGGAAUUGAUAGCAAACAUCCUAGCGGAAUUCAAUCAACGGUUUGGAAGAACACGGCACUUCUCCCUGACGCUGAAAUCAAGUCUUUGAAAGAAGCGUACUUCUCUGAGCUCUCGGAGAAAAAAGAAGCAGAGAACAACGCCAAGUCAGGAACAGCGGAGAAGGAGGGUUCUGCCACUCAGGAGGGCGCAGGCACAGAGGAGAAUAAGUCCAAGGCGAAGCCCAAACCCAAGCUCAAGAAGAAAGCCAAAGCGAGUGAUCCCUUUGCCUCCAGCGAUGAGGAGGAGACUGUGGAAGAUGAACCAAGGGCGAAGGGUGAAAAGGCCCCGCCCCGCAAACGUAAGGAAAGCAGCGAUGAGGAGGAUGAGGAGGAGCAGAGCAAGAGUAAGCGCGCAAAAGUAAAGUAG